AUGGUUUUGGUGAAGCGACAAAUAUCCGUAAAUCCAUCCUUUCGACCUCUUUUUACGGUAGACUUGGGCGAAGAAUGCAACAUGAUCAAGCUCAAGCUACCUGCGCAACUGAAAACUUUCAAAUUCACUUUUGAGUGCAGAAGACCAGGACCCAUAACUGUUGAAAUUUCAAUGCGCAAGCCUCUCAAGCGAUCGAGGUCACAGCCUAAUUCGCGGAUGGAUCAGGUGUUGGACCCCUUUGAUGAGGCUGGGGUGCGAGUGAGGGUGAUUCGCUGUAUGGAAACAUGUUUCACACAACCACUAGGACUCGUCAAGAUAAGAGCAAAGGAUGAGAUUGAGAGUGAACGUCUCUGUCUACACAAGGGUAUAGGGCGUCUUAUCAACCAAUCAACUACAAGGAAGGGGAAAGGGUCCAUAGGGGUAUCGGUGAUUAAGCAGGGUUCUCAGGGUACUGCUUCUAUUCAGGGUGAAUGGAGAUUAAGAAGGGUGUGA